AUGGACACCACGUCUAAACGUCUUUCCACCUCCCGUCCACCUCCACUCCACCUUACAUCAUCAUCACUUCACCCACACGCAUUUUCACCUUUACAAUCAACUUCCACCCUCUCUGUUCCUUCUCAUCCUUCUUCCUCAUCCCUUCCUAUCUCUCAUAUAUCACCUUAUGGAAAAUUACCAACUCAUCGUUACCCACCUAAAUACACUCAAGUCCCACAUGAAUCUCCAACUCACAACCCUAACCUUCUUAAAGCCAAGCCGACCUCCAGGAUCAAGUCAACAGGCGGUCGACAACACAUAGGGACAGGUGUGAAAUCAACAGGUAUAUCAACAACUGCACUUAAUACAUCUACUUCCACAUCCAAUCCAAAUGGGAAGAAAAGAUUACGAGAUGUAUCAAGUACAUCAAAGAAUAAAAAAUCAAAAAGAUGGAACGCUCGUUUAAUUCAAUCGAUAUUAUAUCAAACUUCUUUCUCACUUUUUCUCCUCAUCACAGGAGUUUUGCUGGUUGGUACUGCGUAUGCUUUGGGAGAACAAGCAGUUAGAAGAGGAGGUCAAAAAAGAUGGAAUGUAGUCAUCAUCGUAGGAGCUUAUUUUAUUCUUGGGAUGAUAGCUCUUUUUGUUAUUUGGUCAAGAUGGUUUUCUAUAAGAAGUAUAUUACAUACUAUGCCAAGGCCUUAUGUACCUACGAAACAAGUGGAUAUACCCAAGAAAGUUGCAGACCAUAUAGCCACCGAAUACUCUAGAACGGCAAUUAUCGCACAUAUCUCACAAGCUACUAAAGGACAACAAGAAGGUUGGGGAAGACCUGGUACAAAAUGGGAAAAUCAACAUUUUAGAGUAUACAUUUUAUCUACUCUUCCUACCAUGCGUCAAGCCUUAGCACCUGAAUCCAAAGCCCCUGACCACGCUCUCUUUCCCUUACUCCAUGCGGCCCGAGAAUUGACCGACGAGAAAGGUGCAUUCAUUACUUUUGUUCAUACCUAUGUCGAAAUGAUUGAAAAAGCUCGAUUCGCUCGUCGUGAACCUACAGAAAGUGAAGCUGCGGCAUGUGAGAAAUUGGUCAAUGUGAUUCUUCUCACAAGGGAAAGUACGGAAACAUGA